AUGAACAAUCCGACAGACAUUCAUGAUACCCACGAGAAGGGGCCCCCCCAAGAGGGUAGCGGGGGGCCCCCCAACGUGGGUACUGGGGGGGACCCCUUGGGUACUGGGGGGCCCCCCUUGGGUACCGAGGGCCCACUAUCAAGUUUAGAGAAGCCGCGGUCUCUCUCCAAUAACGAGGAAGAGGGGCCCCCUUCACCUGCUGCUGCUACAGAGGGGCCCCCACCCGCCGAAGAAGCUGUUGUUCUAGGGGGGCCCCCAGAAGCAGCAGCAGUAGUUUUAGGCGGGGCCCCCCCAGAAGCACCAGCAGCAGCAGCAGCAGACGCAGCAGUUUUAGAGGGGCCCCGAGGAGCAGAAGCUCACGAGGAGGCACCCUCACAAGUUGGGGGCCCCGUAGGGCCCCCACCGCAUUCCGUCGUCUUGGGGCCCCCCUCCGUUGCUGCAGAGGGGCCCCAAGCAAAGGAAGAGGGGCCCCCACCUGAUUUGGGGGCCCCUCAGAAAGAAAUGGGAGAGGGCACCCCAAAUCUUUUGGUGGAGGCCUCCCCGCAGCAGCAGCAGCAGCAGCAGCAGCAAACCCCUGAGGGCAGCGUGGGCCCCACUUCUCCGUCGGUGUGCCCACAGGGGCCCCCAGAAGGGAAUCCGUCCGAAGCCAACUGCAGCAGCAACACCGAAAGCAAGAGCAGCAAAUUGGAGCAGCAGCAGCAGCAGGGGCCCCCCAUCGUGGAUAGAGGGGCCCCUCAAGACACUGAGCGGCCUCCUGUGGUACCUGCGGGGCCCCUGCCUGUUGGGGGCCCCUUGUCUCCCUUCAAGGCACCUCUAGAGGAACAAAGACAACAGGGAGGGCCCCUCCAACGGGAGGGAGCCCUCCAUCAUGGGGGCCCCACGGAAGAUGAUGUGAGGGGCCGCCAAGCUGCGGGCCCACCCCAGGCAGCGGGGGCCCCCCAAGCAGCUGGGGCCCCCAAAGGUGAGGGGGCCCUCCUACACCGCAGCCACCAUUUGGGGUUAUAUGGGGAUUUGGGGGCCCCUAGGGGGUCUGCAGGUACCCCUUCUUUAGAUAAUAAAAAAGAAGAGGGUUUAGUGGGUACUAAAGGUAAUAAUACCCUUUUUUCUUCUCCUUCUCCUCCUGUAAACGAAGACAUAAACACCCUCAAGACUGGGGCCCCUGUGGGAGAGGGGGCCCCUCGUACACAAGAGGGAGCUCCGGAGGGAAAGGGGGACCCCGAGGGAGAGGGGGCCCCACAACCUCAAGAAGGGGCCCCGGGGGGAGAAGGGAUUCCGCACACUAAUGAGGGGGCCCCUGAGGGAAAGGGGGCCCCUCAAACUAAAGAGGAGGCCCCUCAAACUAAAGAGGGGGGCCCUCAAACUCAAAAGGGGGUUCCUGAGGGUACUGAGGCCUUUGAGACCCGGCAGACCCUUGGGGGCCCUGGGGCCCCUGGGGCCCCUGGUGGCCCCGUUAAGACCCUUGGUGUUGCUGAGGGUACAGGGGCCCCUAUGUCCGAUUUUAAAUCACCAGAUGUUUCUUCUGAUGGUGGGAGCCCCCAUGGUGGGGCCCCCGAGGUGUUGUCUGUACCCGCAGAGGGGGCCCCGGAGUCAGCAGGUCAUGAAGGAGCCACCAAGGAAGAGGGGGCCCCACCGGAUGCACUUGGGGCUCCCCCGGUUGCACUUGGGCCCCCCCCGGUUGCACUUGGGGCCCCCGUGGCUUCUUUAAAGCCUCAUGCUAUUGAGGAGGCCCCCAUUGCGGGGCCCCCUGAGUUGGCAACUGCUGCUGCAGCAGUUGGAGCAACAGCAGCAGCAGCAACAGCAGCAGCAGCAACAGCUACAGCAGCAACACCCGCAGCUGCCGCUGCAACAGCAGCAGCAGCUGCUGCAUCGGAAGAAGCUGCCUCCGAAGCAAAGGGAAGACACGAAGGGGACCCUCAGGGGCCCCCCGAGGUAUCCGCACAACUAGCACAACUAAGGGGGCCCCCCGAGGUACCUGUUGAAGGACCCUUAAAGGGUACUACUAUUGAGGGGGGGGCCCCCGAGCGCAUGCACCGUGCCACCGUACCCCGUGUGGGGUUUGCACUCAGCCAGCAGCUCCAGCAGCAGCGCCAGCAGCAGCGCCAGCAGCAGCGCCGGCAGCAGCGCCAGGUGCAGAAGGAGCAGCAGCAGCUGAAGCAGCAGGAACUCGAGCAGCAGCAGCUGGAGCAGCAGCAGCAAUCCGAACAGCAGCAGCAGCAAUCCGAACAGCAGCAGCAGCAAUCCGAACAGCAGCAGCAGCCAUCCGAGCAGCAGCAGAAGCAAUCCGAACAGCAGCAGCAACAAUCCGAACGGCAGCCGCAGCCGCAGCAUGGGACGGACCAGCAGCAGCAGCAGCAGCAACAGCAUCCACAGCAGCAGGAGGAGCAGCAAGAGCAGGAAAAACCGCCGCUGCAGGACAAGGAGGAGGAGCAGCAACAGCAGCAACAGAGACAGUUGCAACAGCAGCAGAGACAGGAGGAGCAAGAACAAAAGAAGCAGCAGCAACAGAAGCAGCAGAAGAAGCAGAAGCAGCAGCAGCAGCAACAACAGGAGGAGCGAGAACAAAAGGAACAGCAGCAACAGAAGCAGCAGCAGCAGCAACAGGAGGAGCAAGAACAAAAGGAACAGCAGCAACAGAAGCAGCUGCAGCAACAACAGGAGGAGCAAGAACAAAAGGAACAGCAGCAACAGAAGCAGCAGCAGCAACAACAGGAGGAGCAAGAACAAAAGGAACAGCAGCAACAGAAGCAACAGCAGCAACAGCAACAGGAGGAGCAAGAACAAAAGGAGGAUCAGCAACGGAAGCAGCCGCAGCAGCAGCAGCAGCAGCAGCAGCAGCCGCAGCAUACGGGCAGCGUGAAGGCUGUUUUUGCGGGCCUAUGGAAUCGAUUGCGUUGGGGACAGGGGCAAGCGCAGCAGCAGCAGGAGCAGCAGCAGCAGCAGCAGCAGCAAGAGCAGCAGCAGCAGGGAGAGCAUCAUCACCUGCGUCGUCCUAGACGCGUGAGUGGAUCCUUCGGACGCCCCAAGCUGCAGCAGCAGCAGCGGCAACGGCGGCAGCAGCAGGACAAGCAGCAGCAGCAGCAACCGCAACAGGAGGAAGAAGCGCAGCAGCAGCAAGAACAGACGGAACAGCAGCAGCCAGAGAGUCAGCAGCAGCAACAGCAACAGAACGAAUCGCCACAGCAGCAACCGCAGCACGGGGAAGAAGAACAGCAGCAACAACAGACACCAGAACAACAGCAGGAGCAAGACGAAGAGCAGCAGGAACAGCAACAGCAGGAAGAGGAGCAGCAGGAGCAGCAGCAGCAGCAGCAGCAAACAAAGGAGCACCACGGUGACCAGAUACAACAGAAGAAGCGUCUCCAGAAGCUGCAGCAGGAACUGCAGCAGCAGCUGCAGCAACAGCAGCAUGAACAGCAGCAUCAGGAGCAGCCGCAGCAGCAACAGGAGCAGCUGCAGCAUCCGCAGCAGCAACACGAGCAGCAGCAGCAGCAACAGGAGCAGCAUCAGCAGCAACCACUGUUACACCGGCAUCACGUGCAGCGAUAUCGUUCACAGCAGCAGCAGCAGCAGCAGCAGCAAGAGGAGCAGCAGCAGCAGCAGCAACGGGCGCUUCAUGAGAAGACAAUGGGGAGUGAGCAUGCAGCAGCUGCAGCAGCUGCAGCAGCAACAGCAGUAGCAGCAACAGCAGCCGCAGCCGCAGCAGCAGCAGCAGCAGCCCCUGCAGCGUUUUCUCCCGCCAGCGCCACCCUAGCGCGGCGGCGAGUCCGAGGCCCUCUUCCGCAGCAGCAGCUGCAGCAGCUGCAGCAGCAGCAGCAGCAGCAGCAAGAGCAGCAGCGGCAGCAAGGACGGGAGCCGUCUGAGCAACGGGGGGUAUCUGUAGCAGCAGAACGCCUGCAAGGGCAGCUGUUUGCUGCUCCUGCUGCUGCUGCUGCUGCUGCUGCAGUUAAUGUUGUUGAGCUGCCUAUCCGCAGGAGGGUGUCUCGUCCCCGCAGCAUCGAGCAGCAGCAGCAGCAGCAGCAGCAACGGCAGCAACGGCAGCAGAAGCUGCCAGACCAUGAGACCGAUAAAGAAGGAGCAGCGGACAGCAGCACUGCUAGCAGCAGCGACAGCAGCAGCAGCGAGAGCAGCAGCAGCAACAGCCACAGUAGCAGCAGCAGCAGCAGCAGCAGCAGCAGCAGCUGGUCAAGGUUUUUAGGUUCAGAGGUUAUGAAGGGAGAAACAGAAUACUUCCUCUAUGUCCUUCCUUCCCAUCCUAACAAUUUGCUUCUCCCUGCAUCUUCUUCUUACCGCGUGUUGGAUUGCCCUGAUGGGAGUUCGAUGCUGCUGACGCAUGCGCUUCCUGCUGCUGCGGCUGCUGCUGCUGCUGCUGCUUGGGUGUCUUCCCCUGGAGCUGAUGGCGACGCGACAGCUGUUGCUGCAGCAGCUGCUGCGGCAGCAGCAGCAGCUGCAGAAGCAGCAACAGCAAAGGAAGCAGCAGCGGCGGCAGCAGAAACAGCAGCAGACACAGGAGAUAACUCAACCCGCCGUCUAUGUGUAUCUUUUCCUUCUGCUGCUAAUGGCCGUACUCGGUCUCGUUCAUUUCCUCAUGGUGCAGCAGCAGCAGCAGGAGCAGCAGCAGCAGAAGGUGCCUCACCAGCAGCAGCAGCAGCAGCAGCAGCAGCAGCAGCAGAGUUGUAUGACGAUUUAAUUCCUUCAAUUUCUUCUACGAUGCCACCGCCAGAAUAUUUACUAUUUUAUUGUCCCCGCAGCACUGCAGCAGCAGCAGCAGCAGCUGCUGCUGCAGCAGCAGCAGCAGAUACAGCAGCAGCUCCUGAAGGGGCUAUACCCCCUGCAGCAGAAGCAGGAACAGGAGAAACUGCAGCAGCACCAUCACCAGCAGCAGAAACAGCAGCAACUGGUGCAGCAGCAGCAGCAGGAACAGCAGCAGCAGCAGCAGCAGCAGGAACAGCAGCAGCAGCAGCAGCAGCAGCAAGUUCUAUACAACAACAGCAACAUACUAGUACAGUAGCAGCAGCAGAUACAGCAGCAGCAGCAGAUGCAGCAGCAGCAGCAGCAGACACUACAGCAGCAGAUACACCACAAGGAGAGACAACAGCAGCAGCAGCAACAGCAACAGCAGCACCAUUCCUGCUGCAGCAGCCAAAGCGUCCUUGGGAUAUUUACCUCACCUUGCUGCCUACCGAGCAGCAGCAGCAGCAGGAUCAGCAGCAGCAGCAGCAAGAGGAGGAGGAGGAGAGAGAUGCAGCAGCAGCAAAGUUAUUAGAUAUAAUAAGGAGACAGUUAGUUGCUGCUAAUUGUCCCCUUAAUGGGGUGUAUGCAGCAAAGGAGACUGCUGCGCUGCAGCAAACACUAACAGCAGCAAAAGUAUUUGUUAAUAAUCAUGCUAAGGAUAUACAGCAGCAGCAGCAACAGCAGCAGCAGCAGGAACAGCAACAACAGCAGCAGCAACAACAACAACAACAGCAGCAGCAACAACAACAACAGCAGCAGCAGCAGCAAGAAAUAAAUAUAUCUAUUGGUGCCUUACCUGUGCUGCAUUGGUUGCUGCUUAUGGAGAUAAAAAAUCUUCUAAGAAAUAAAUCAACAAAAGGAUGCUAUUUACACACCUGCUUCUCUGGGCAGCAGCCUUAUGUGGAGGUUGUGGGGCCCCGCUUGCCGCUGCUGCAGCUGCUAGCAGCUAUUAAGGGUUUGCUGCAGCAGGCUGCUCCUAUUACGGUGUAUAGGCAGGCAGCAGCAGCAGCAGCAACAGCAGCAGCAGCUGCUGCUGUAGAAGGUGCUGCAUAUCCACCAGCAACAGAAGAACCACAGAUGGCUGCUCUACCUUUGGAUAUAAUACCUCAAGAAUUACGUUGGGGCUUUUCUUUGCUGCGUCUUCUGCAAACCCCUCUUGGCAAAGAAUUAAGAACAGCAACAAAGUAUUAUAAGGGUAAAUUAGUGUUUGAUGGUAUAAAUUGUUCAUUAAACUUUUUAUGUAUAAAUUGUUGUCGUUAUUUAGCUGAGGAUACACUCCAAUUAUCUUUGCUGCAGUUAGCAGCAGCAACAGCAAACAGCAGCAAGUUGCUGCCAUGGCAAGCUGCUGCUGCACUCUCCGCACAAGCUAUACAUGAUGCACAUUUGCUGCUGCUGCAGCAACAGCAGCAGCAACAGCAGCAGGUAGAGGAGGAUGAGGAACAGAGACAGCAGCAGGAACAGAAACAGCAGCAGCAGGAGGAAGGGGAGGAGGUGCAGCAGCACGCUGCUACAGACGAUUCUAUACAAGAUACUGAAUCACCUGGUGCUGCUGCUGCUGCAGCAACAGCAGCAACAGCAGCAGAAGCAGCACCUGUUGUGUUACCGUUACCUUCUCUUUCUUUCCCUCUGUUGACGGAGGCAAUGGGUGGAUCUGCAGUGCUGCCUGUGUCUCCUCCUGCUGCUGCAGCAGCAGCAGUAACAGCAGCAGCAGCAGCAACAGCAGCAGGAGGGUGUGGGGUUGUGGGGCAUCUGCCAUUAACAGAGGGGGACGACCACCUCCAACUGCAGCAACAGCAGCAGCAACAGCAGCAGCAGCAGCAGCAGCAGGUAGCGGAGGGUUUAGAGGAAUUAGGGUUUAGUGUUACAAACCCUCCUGCUGCUUCUCGUGAUUUGUGGUUGCUGCUGUCUCCUGGUGGUGGUUUAUCUGCUGCUUCCUUGGAGGUGCUGCUGCAGCUGCAGCAGCAGCAGCCAGAGCAGCAGCAGCAGCAGCAGCAGCAGCAGCAGCAAACCCCUCCUAGGAGGCAGAGGCGGCUGCUGCUGCUAGAGGCAGAAGCAUUUGGUGCCCCUCGUUGCCCAUGGAAGGGACUCAUUGCUUCUGGUGCUGCUGCUGCUGCUGCCCCUGCUGCUGCUGCUCCUGCUGCAGCAGCAGCAGCAGCAGAUGCUACGCCGCCAUCUGAGUUCAGCAGCGAUGAACCACCCAAAGAAUCCGAACACAGCAGCAGCAGUAGCAGCAACAGCAGCAGCAGCAGCAGCAGCAGCAACAGCAGCAGCAGCAGCAGCAGCAGCAACAGCAGCAGCAGCAGCAACAAUGACAAAAACAGCAACAAUGCCAGCAGCAGCAACAACAACAAUGCCAGCAACAGCAACAACAACAAUGACAGCAACAGCAACAACAAUGACAGCAGCAGCAGCAGCAGCAGCAGCGGCAGCAGCAGCGGCAGCAGCAGCAGCGGCGGCAAUUGUACUGGUUGUGAUUCUGAGGUAUCUGAGGGUUUAGAUGGACAAACAAAGCAACAAACAAAACCCUACAAGGGUUUAGGUCUUGUUGCUCGUGUUGGUGCUGCAUGCAGCAGCAGCAGCAGCAGCAACAGCAGCAGCAGCAGCAGCAAUACCUGCUGCCCUCCUGGGUGUAUUCACGAGCAGGAAGCAAUUGAAAACUACAAACAAAUCCUCCUUGCCACAGAACAUCAAGGUAUAGUAGGAAGGAGUUUACCUCUAUCAGAGUUUCUUCUUCCUUGGUCAUUAGGAGGAAGAUUUCUUGGGCCUAAAGGAGAAAAUCGCAAAAAGUUCUUAAGAAGGACAGGAGCUUAUCUUGCUGUUGUUAAUGCUAAAUUACAGGCAAGAUUAUAUUAG